AUGGACUUAGACGGUGGGCAGACCCCUGAAGACGCCUCUACGAGCGAACUUAUAUCCCCGAUCGGAUAUUCAAACUCCUCAAAAUGCGGUUACUGUGGCACUCGAGGACAGAGCUUUUCGUAUUAUGCGAGUGCUACGUCUCUUAGCCCUCAGUUUUAUCUCACCUUGCUAGAUCGUUGCUGGAGGCGAUCAGGAAAACUCCUAUAUCGCCCCAAUCAGGGCCAGCGCCAAACCAUUAAUCGCUUCAACAAACAUGUUCUCGGCGAAGCUUAUGUUAAACAAGCUGCUCGUCUGUAUCCAAGAUCACGCGAAGAGACCAAAAAGCGUGACAAUGAGUUUUGCCUAACAGAGCGUAUUCAUGAGGCUGAGCUAAAUCGGGUCAAGACACCGCCCGAGCCAGCACACAAGUGGGAAGUUACCCUUGAAGAAGACACUUUUACUGAAGAAAAAUAUCUCGUCUAUGAUAAUUAUCAGAGAGUUGUCCAUGGGGAUGAACCGGGUGAAAGGACGAGGCACUCGUUUGAACGUUUUCUCUGCAACUCACCCCUACAGCGUCAAGUCAUGGUUGGGCCUGAUGGACGAAAGCGCCGCUUAGGCUCCUACCAUCAAUGCUACCGCCUAGAUGGCGUCCUAGUGGCUGUUGGUGCCCUUUAUGAAAUAGCUCUCGCCGUUGAAGAGGGCUACCGAUGGUGGUAUCCUGGAUUCUACAUCCACAGCUGCCCCAAAAUGAAGUACAAAAUCGACUACGGCCCUCAGUAUAUUCUCGAUCCGGAUAACUUGGACUGGAGGCCUCUCGAUAAGACCAUUUUGGAUAUCCUUGGCAGGGACACUUAUACAAGUUUCUCCACAGUCUUGGGAGGAAAUGUUUCUAAUACAUCUGAGAUGCGCUCUGCAGUCUCCACAGGCAUACCCUCUAGUGGAGCUCCUGAGACGUCCAUGUCUUUGGAUGAGAGCCCACAGAGCCCGGAGGAUGCCAACUCGGAUGAAGACAUUGACGAGGAGGUUGACGAGGUGUACGACUCAUUGUUCCGAUCUAAAAUGCCAGGCAUCCCUUCUGUCGCCACCAUGGAAAGUUUAGACCUGGAUCACAUCAUUCUCAGAAUCUUUCCUACAGGUCCGUUGUUUGAGACUUCGGAUCUAGUUGGCUGGAGGCACAGCAAUAUCAGACAGCCGUCGGGCAUCAGGCAUAGCAUUGCACAGCUGAUUGCAGCAUUAGGCCCUGAUUUGAUGGGUGACAUAUGCCUGGAUCUAGUGCGCCGGCAAGUGUAG